AUGGUCAUUGAUAUUUGGAGGAAGUGGAAGGCGUGUGCGAACAAGGACGAGUUUACUGCCAAACGGAAGGCCCACAACGUUCGUUCUUCGGCCGUUAAGACCGACAAGUUCGUCGCUUCCGUCAAGGAGACAGUCGACAAUGAUGGAAGCCAGAGCUACACCAAGAUCACCUCUGACAUGGGCUGUCACAAGUCAACGAUCUGCCGAACAAUCAAGAAGCAUAUUGGUUACUCCUUCUACCGCAAGUCUCACUGCAUGCUCAUCAUGAUUACCUCCAAGAAGUCGAGGAAGGUCAAGGCGGCGGCUUUGCUGAACGAGCACGGGUCCGCCGGGAUGCUGAGGUUAUUCUCUGAUGAAAAGAAUUUCAUCCAGGACCAGAUGAGCAACAGGCAGAACGACAGGUGGAUCCGCAACGACAUCGAGGAGGUUCCUGUCGUGAAGCAUACGAAGUUUCCCUCCUUGGCGUUAUCACCAGCGAUGGGGACGUCAUGCCUCCGUUCUUCUUUCAAAAGGGCCUGGGAAUCACCGCUGAAAUCUACCAGGAGGUGCUGA